AUGGUUCGCCGAGAACAUUCAGGAGCCGAUUCAGACGGAUCUGGAGGAAUUCGAGCAGCAAGGUUCAGGCUGGUCGUUGCAUUCCAUCAUCAACAUGACGCUGCACAUCAACAAGUUCAACCCGAUGCGAGGCAGCUCAUACGUGGAUCUGCCGGCCAAGAUACGAAACAAGAACGCCUGCAUCAACGUCCAGAACAACGACGAGCAGUGCUUCAAGUGGCAAUACUAUCGGCGCUUCAUCCCGUUCAUAAUUCCAACCGUGUCUCCGAAUACAGACGGUACGAGGCGGAAUUGAACUUUGACGGGAUCGAGUUCCCCGUGGAGCCGCGUAAAAUCACCAAAUUCGAGAAGCAAAACGAGGUCUCGGUCAACGUCUACAUAUUGAAGAAGAAGAAGCACGACUUCGACGUGAUGCCCCUAUACGUGACGGAUGCGAAGAAGCAACGACACGUCAAUCUACUCCUCGUGCAGGACCAUUACGUGGAGGAGGAGGAGGAGGAGGAAGAGGAUGAGGAGUGCUACGUGAUCCCGAGGUUCCAUUACGUGUGGAUCAAGAACUUGUCUCGCCUGGUCUCAACCCAAUUGUCGAACCGGGAUCACAGACUCCAUGUCUGCGAUCGCUGCCUCCACUUCUACCGCACCGAAGACAAGCUGGCAGCACACGAAGUUGACUGCAAGAAAGUCAACAAGUGCAAGGUCACCAUGCCCAAAUGGGCGAACAGGAUGCUCGGUUUCAAGAACCAUGGGCACAAGGAGCGCGUACCUUUCAUCAUAUAUGCCGACUUCGAGUGCUUGCUGAAACCGACCCGGGACGAGAAUUCCUAUCAGAGCCACGAGGCAUUCAGCGUGGGGUACUACGUGAAGUGUAGCUACGACGACUCACUAUCGCGCUACCGCAGUCACAGGGGGGCGAAGCCCGCGGAAUGGUUCAUCAGGGAGCUGCAGAACUUCGCUCAAGAACUGGACAAUGUUCACGUAAACCCUCGGCCCAUGGAAGCACUGACGCGGCAACAGGUCCGAGAGUUCCACAACGCCACCGAGUGCCACAUCUGCCAGAAACCUCUAUUGAGCAGCGACCGAGUGAGAGAUCACUGCCAUCUGACGGGCAAGUACCGCGGAGCAGCGCACAACGAGUGCAACCUGAACUAUCAGGACUCGAGGACCGUGCCCAUCGUCUUCCACAAUCUCACCGGCUACGACUCGCACUUCAUCAUACGGGACAUCGCCACAUGCUUCCCCAGUCGAGUCGAAGUCUUUCCCGAGACGAAGGAACGCUACAUCUCGUUCACGAAGCACGUUGCCGGCAGCGAUGUGAAGUUUCGCUUCAUCGACUCGUUCCGCUUCAUGGCGCCGUCGCUGGAAAAACUUGCAUCGGACUUGAGCGAGCUGCUGAUCGUGAGGAGGGAAUUUCCCCACCUGUCCGAUGAGAAAUUCGAGCUGCUCACGAGGAAGGGUGUGUUCCCCUACGAGUACGCCGACUCCGUGGACAAAUUGCGGGAUAUCGAGCUACCGCCGAAAGCGAGCUUCCACAGUUCACUGACGGGCAGCGACAUCUCGGACGCGGACUACGAGCACGCCAAGAGAGUGUGGGACGAGUUCGAGAUCCGGAGCUUGGGCGAAUACUCGGACCUGUACUUGAAAACGGAUGUGCUUCUCCUUGCCGACGUCUUCGAGAACUUCCGCAACAACUCUGUCGCAGCAUACGGCCUGGACCCCGCCCACUACUACACGCUGCCAGGCUACUCUUGGGACGCGAUGUUUAGGUACACCCAGGUCCAGCUAGAACUCCUCACCGACCCCGAUAUGCACCUCUUCGUCGAGCAAGGAAUACGCGGGGGUAUUAGCCAGUGCUCCAACCGAUACGCCCGGGCCAACAACAAAUACAUGAGCGACUACGACGCCAAUGAGGAGGCCAAGUAUCUGAUGUACUUCGACGUGAACAAUUUGUAUGGCCGAGCGAUGAUGGAGUACCUGCCGCAAGGAGGCUUCGAAUGGUUCACCGGCAAUAACGUCGACUUCCUCAAUGUGCCGGACGACUCGCCUGUCGGAUACAUCCUCGAAGUGGAUCUCGACUACCCGGAGAAUUGUCACGACUCGCACAAAGACCUGCCGCUGUGUCCCGAGCACAACAGCGCCCCCGGCUCGAAACAGAACAAGCUCAUGACUACGCUGGAGCCGAAGAAGCGCUACAUCCUCCACUACCGCAACUUGAAGCAGGCUGUGCAGCAGGGGAUGAAACUCGUACGCGUCCAUCGCGUCUUGAAGUUCUGA